AUGGCCAGCCUUCAGGAACAACUUAAGUUUAUUCGAACGACCAACGAUGACUGGUGCGAUGAACACAGACGACUCGUUACCGACCUCGUGCACUUAUCCGAGAAAGUCACCGGCGAGAACAGCCACCCGUCGACCCCCCGUCCUGAGCUAAUGUUGCAAAGUGGAAGUGAGCGAUCUGGAGAGGCAUCGUCGUAA